AUGGAUACUAUGGAUUUUAAACCCCAAGAAUUGGGUAAAUGGGAAAUGGAUCGUGAUUUAACUGGAUACGGUGAAACUCCAGUAGAUCCAGAAUGGCCAAAUGGUGCUAAGAUCGCUGUUUCAUUCGUUUUAAAUUAUGAAGAAGGUGCUGAACGUAACAUUCGUCAUGGUGAUGAUUGUUCUGAAAGUUAUAUUUGGGAAAAAUGUGGUCCAGCUACUGAACUUAAAAAUGCUAGACAUUUAAUGAGUGAAGGUGAAUUCGAAUAUGGUUCAAGAGCUGGUUGUUGGAGAGUUUUAAGAUUAAUGAAAGAAUUUAACUUCCCAAUGACUCUUUAUGCUGUUGCUCAAGCUUUUGCUAAGAACCCAGAUUUUGCUAAAGCCUGUGUAAGAGAUGGUCAUGAAAUUGGUAACCAUGGUUUACGUUGGAUCAAUUGGGGUAACUGUACUGAUGAAGAACAAAUUGAAAUGAUCAAAGCUGCUAUCUUAUUAUUAGAAGAAAGUUCUGGUGAAGCUCCAGUUGGUGCUUAUAUCGGUAGAGGUAACAUCAAUACUCCAGCUUUAGUUAGAGAAGCUCACAAACAAUUAGGUAAACCAUUCCUCUGGGAAUCCGAUUGUUAUGGUGAUGAUUUACCAUUUUGGGUUGAUUUACCUCAAGAAAGAGAAUUACCUGAUGAAGAAAAGGAAGGUUUAUUAAUGAUUCCAUAUGCUUAUGUCACCAAUGAUUAUAAAUUUGUCUCAUCAAACCCAGGUCCAGGUUUCCCUGGUGCUUUCGUUUACGAAGAUUACUUGAAACAAGAAUUCGACCAAUUAUACCGUGAAGGUGGUAGAAUGAUGAACAUUCCUUUACAUUCAAGAAUCAUUGGUAAACCAGGUAGAAUCAAUGCUUUAAGAAACUUCAUGAAAUAUAUAAGUGAAAAGGAAGGUGUCUGGGUUACUACCAGAAGAGAUAUUGCUAAACAUUUCCAAGAAAAAUUCCCUUAUGUUCCAGGAAAAUUAGCUGUUAAGAAAGAAUAA